AUGUCAGAUUUACAACUUAUACAUAGAGCAAUCAGAGACUUUUUCGAUGAAACGCCCGUUGAAGAAUGGUCAUAUAUUCUUUUUUUAGAGUCAUUUAAACACGUUAUUCUGUCGGUAUUAGAUAUCACAAAACGAGAUGAAAAAGCUACAUGGAGGAAGAGAUUUAUAAAGCGUUUAGAAACGAUUGCAGGUGAUGACGCGUAUACUGAACAGCAGAAAAAGAAGGAUAGUUCUACACAGUCAAAGGACGGUUACGCUCCCUCCUGA